GAUAUUUCUGCUGACUGAAUACCAAGCCUACUUGCGCAGUUUUGCCGAAUUCUAGAUUUACGUUUUGCUUUUCUAGUAUGGCGAAGUUUUUGGACCACAGAAUUUUGCUGUUAGUAAUUUCAUUUUUAACAAGUCUGCAGAGUACAAAGCUACUGUCAGAGUGGAAAAAGUGUGGCGAUCAGGAAUGUGAAACUGCAAUGAUCAGAGUCCAAGGCACUAAAGACUAUGUAGGCCCUGACUGCCGAUAUCUGAAAUUCAAAGUGGGGGAAGAGAUAAUCGUAUACUCCAAACUUUCAAGAAAAAGGGAAGAUUUGUGGGCAGGAAGUAAAGGGAAGGAUUUUGGAUAUUUCCCAAAGCAUGCUGUUCAAAUUGAAGAUGUUUUUAUUACACAAGAAGUAGAAGUGCCAGCUAAGGAAACUGAUUUCCUUUGUCUUGAUGGAGGUGAAUACCCUUUGGAAAAUAAAGAUAGUGUAUUGCAUGAGCAUAAUGAAGAAAGUGAAUAUCCAUUACCUUACGCAGAACCAGAAUCAAAGAUGCCCAAAGAUGAGCUCCCAAAACAGACAAGUAUUUCCUUCCAGCGGGAACAUGGAAUUGAGUCAGUUCCUGAAAGUGAUGAAUUAGACAGAAAAUUCAAAGACCCUCACACUCAAAAGGAGACGGAGAGCAAUAAAUUGUUCAGAGAGAACAAAAAUGGAAAAGAUGAUGCUGUCCCGCAAGAAGCUGAAAGCAGUCAACCAGUUCCAAUACAAUCUACAUGGACUGUUUCUGGUGUUGUAGGAUGGCUUGGGCUAGGAAGUAAACAAGAUGAGGAAGUUUUUGAAACAGUUACCGAGUCUCUAGAAGAAAAUACAUUCAGAAGCAGAAAAAUAGCAAUAACUGAUGAAAGUGACAUGAAAGCACUAAAUGAUGAGGAUAAACCAGAGCCUUCUGGCUGGUUUCAGAGUAGACUGACAGAUUUACUACGUUUUGGUAGAGAGAAUUCAGGCCUUGGUUUACUGUUCAAAGAACAUAAUCCACAAAUCUAUGAUAGUUCUAGUAAUGCUGAACAUUCUGAGUUUGAACAAAGAAAUUCAGCUGCAGAAAUAUCAACAGAAGAAAAGCAAAAGAGAGACAAUGAGGUAUCCAAACCAAGCUGGUUUAAUUUGGGUUUAAGUGAUGUUUUAACAUUUGGGCAUGCUAAGAAAGAGAACACUAUAACAAAAGAGGAGCAAAGCAGAGAAAUGAAGGUUGCAACAGAUAAGAAUGAAGAAAUUCAGACUUUGAGCCUACAAGAGACUGAAUCUCAGAUGGACAGAGAACUGAAAAAGGAAACAGCCAAAGUAAUGAUAAGUGAAGACCAAAAUAACAAGAAAAAUAAUGUACAAGAAAUACUAGAUUCCGACAAUAAAACACCAACUUCUGGGGAACUGCCAGUAAAUGAAGAUAAUCCUCUCAAUUUAAAGAGCACCAAAAAUGCAGAAGAGUCAUCUUUUACUACAGAUGUUGCUGACAAAGACAAACUAAUUGAACCUUACAGUUCAGAACAAGACCUAGUAUCAGAAACUCAAGUUAUGGAAAACACUGAAGUUAAAGAGAUAACUCAGGAGUCAGAAAGCAUAAAUGGCCAGUCAGAUAUAUCUGAUGAGAGAAAAAUAUCAGACAACGCGCCAAAAGAAGAUCAUCACAGGCAUACAGCUUUGUAUAAAGAACAUAACAGUGGCCAACGUUCAAAAGCAGUAACAAUUGCUCCAGUGAAUGCUCAGAAGAAAAUGUACAAUUCAGCGAAAAAUGUUCAGUUAGAUGCUAAAAAACCUUUAUCACAGAUCUUUUUCCUGAUUCAAAACUACAUUCCCAAUAAUGAAGAAGACUGGAUAUAUCAGAUUCUCCUGCAUUUUGAUGGUCUUGACGUUGGUGACUUUGUAAAAUCUGUAUUUUCAGCAAUGGCAACUGUUAGCAAAAAGGUUGUGGCAGCGUUGCCUGAACAUAUGAGACCUGGUCCUGAUCUUUAUGGUUUCCCAUGGGAAAUAGUGAUUUGUGCUGCAGUUGUUGGAGUUUUUACAGUCUUACUGUUUCUGUGUAGGAGUUAUCAAUCAGUUAGAAGCAGACUUUAUAUAGGAAGGGAAAAACAACUUGCCAGUAAAGUUGCUGAACUACUUGAAGAGAAAUGCGAAGUUCUUGAAAAACUUAGUCUCCACAAGAAAGAGUAUGAAGACUUAGAAUCAUCUCUAAAGGAUGCCAGUCUUCUGAAAGAAUCAACAGAUACAUCACAUAUUGAGGCAACCUGUGAAAAACUGAACAGGUCAAACACUGCACUCAAGGAUGAAAUAGAGAAUUUAGAAAAAGAGCUGGAAGAAGAGAAGUCAAAGCGAUCAGAACAGGAUGACUUGAUGGUGGAAAUACAGAGAAGAAUGGAGUCUUUAGAAAAUGAAGCAAAAUCUAUCCAGUCACAAGUGGCAGAAGCCAAGACCACAUUAAAAGUAUUUCACAUUAAUAAAGAGAGACUUGAGACCUCUGUCCAAGAUGCAAUACAGGAAAACUGUCAUCUUCAGAAAAGCGAGAAACAGCUUUUACAAGAAGCUGAAGGAUGGGGUGAACGAUUUGGUGAACUAAAUGAACAAAGAAAGAUGUUUGAAUCGUCUAAAGCAGAUAUGGAGGAAGCUCUGAAAAACAAGGAAAGUCAAGUCAAGUCAUUGACAGAAUGUUUAUUGAAGAUGAAAGACUGGAGCAUAGCAAUAGGAGAAGACCACACUGAAGACAACCACUGGGAUGUUGAUAUAACAGAAAACGGUGAGCUUUUAGAUGAUCAGCAAAAACGAACUAUAAAGAAGUUGAUCUAUGCUGCUAAGUUAAAUGCUUGUUUAAAAACCCUGGAAGCAGAAAGAAAUCAAGUAUAUUUAAAACUGGCAGAUGAAGAUAAAGCUAAAGAAGAACUUAAAGAACGCAUUGAAAACCUCCAAAGUGAGCAGGUCUCCUUGCAGUCUGAAAACACACAUUUUGAAAGUGAACUUCAGAAGCUUCAGCAAAAGCUUAAAGUAAUGACCGAGCUAUAUCAAGAAAAUGAAAUGAAACUACACAGGAAACUAACAGUAGAAGAGAGAGAACGGUUACAGAAAGAAGAAAAACUUUCUAAAGUAGACAAGAAAAUUAAUCAUGUUGCUGAAGAACUAAACACUUACAGACAACGAGCAAAAGAUCUAGAAGAAGAGCUAGACAGAACCAUUCAUUCUUAUCAGAGUCAGAUUACUUCACAUGAGAAAAAAGCUCACGAUAACUGGCUGACAGCCCGGGCAGCGGAAAGACAUCUCAAUGAUCUGAGAAAAGAAAAUGCGCACAACAGACAAAAAUUAACUGAAAUGGAAUUUAGAUUUGACCUUUUAGAAAAAGAUCCUCAUGCUCUUGAUGUCCCAGUUAGACCAUUUGGCAGAGAGCAUUCUCCAUAUGGACCCUCACCCAUGGGCCGGCCUUCAUCUGAAACAAGAGCUUUUCUUUCCCCGCCAACCUUAUUGGAGGGCCCUUUAAGACUUUCACCUAUGCUUCCAGGAUCAAGAGGAGCAGGGAACCCUGCCAUGUAUGAAGCUGCUAAUGAAAGAGGAGAAUUGAGCUCUGAUAGGUUAUCUGAUCCCCACAGAGCACCUUCAGAUACUGGGUCCCUGUCUCCUCCAUGGGAUAGAGAUCAUAGGAUAAUGCUCCCAGCAUCAGGUCAGCCAUAUAAUGAUCCAACUCUCCCCCCUCGAAGACAAGAAAGAUUUUAUUCUAAUCCUCUAAACUCCGGAAGACUUUCUGGACCAGCAGAACUACGAAGUUAUAACAUGCAGUCUUUUGAUAAAGCAGAUGGGCAAGCAUCUCCAGAAAAUAGUCUGAGGACAGAGCCAAGUGGAAAUGGAACUAAAGACCAUCCCAAUUUUAGUAAUUUCCUAAAUGUGUCUGAUCACUCACUUGCCUCUGAAAGUGAAGCAAAUGGAUCAGGGUUUGGCUCCCCGCCUCUCCCUCCAGUGAGAGCUCCUCUGCUGCUAGUGGAUCCUAGAGGAGCUUUUAUUAGAAGAGGACCUCCUUUCCCACCUCCUCCUCCUAUUGGCAUGUAUGGACCUCGUGAAUAUUUUCCAAGAGAUUUUGCUGGUCUACCACGUCCUUCAGUGGCAAUGAGAAAUCCAUUUCCACUGAGGCCUUUUUCUCAAUAUCCACCACAAAGAGCUGGAUCUUUUCCAUCUUCACUUGAAAAUAGGAGUGAGCCUCCUGGGUUAAUUCAUCAAUCAAAUACUCCAGCUACAGGACAUCCAGAGGCACAGCAAGACACCUGAUGCUGUUGUCUGACAUCUUGGGAAUUAACCUGAUGUACUGUUUCUGUACCUGUAAGAUCUUCAAUUAAGUAACUUCUGUUACUUAAGGGAUUCUAUAUAAGUACUUUGCUCAAAUUGAAGCUUAAUAGAAUAAUUCUCAAGAUAGUGUUUUGUAAAUAAGGAUAAAUUAAAUGGUUUCCAUUGUACAGUAGUCAUUGUAAAUUAAGUAUUUUUAAUUGAGUCACCUCUUCUGAAGGUGUACUAAACUAAACUAGAGUAACAUUGAGAAUUGUCCAGUUAGUCUCAGCUGCAUAGGAAAACUCUGCAUGCAAAGAGUGGUGCUUGCUGUAGGAGUAAGACAAAAUGUGAAAAUAAAUGAAUUAAUAAAAUGCAGUCACUAAA